GAGGAAGUGGGAGUGCACGCGGAAUUGGCUGGGGUCUCUACUCGGAGUUCCCACCAUGUCGAAGGUUUCUUUUAAGAUCACGCUGACGUCGGACCCGCGGCUGCCUUACAAAGUACUUAGUGUUCCUGAAAGUACACCUUUCACAGCAGUCUUAAAGUUUGCAGCAGAAGAAUUUAAAGUUCCUGCAGCAACAAGUGCAAUUAUUACCAAUCAUGGAAUAGGAAUAAAUCCUGCCCAGACUGCUGGAAAUGUUUUCCUAAAGCAUGGGUCAGAACUGCGGAUUAUUCCUAGAGAUCGUGUUGGAAGUUGUUAAUAUCUGCUACUUGGAACAUAGGAUGACCUUUCCAAAUAAAUAUUGUUAUUGUUGUAAAACUGAAGUCAGGCAUUUAAAACAUGAUGAAAACACCAGUAGUUGAUGAAAUAAUGAAGGGUGACUCUGUCCCUUCUUGUGAUUCACAUGCUUCCUGUGAAGAGGGACUGCUAUGUAUAGAGGGUACCAUCUCCACAGAAGACCAUAGUCUGUCAUCGCUACCUCACAACACAUACAGAUAGUUCAUUCAGGCUAAGUGGAUUAUCCAGCUGUGUUUUGUAAGUGGUGGAUGCUUCUGAUAACUCUUUCUGAGAACAUUUGGAAAAUUAAAGUUUACUGAAUCUUCCUAUUUGCGUUAAAAAUUUAAAAGGACUGCGGGUCAUACAUGGCAGUUUGCUUGAUGGCAUCUGACCUAUGCACUUAAAAAUAGUUGAUUCUUAAUUGUAUGUUCAUGAUAAAGGAUAUAGACAUAACAAUGAAUACGUAACUAUCUUUUUGUCAUUUAGGUUUUUUUAAGUUUCGAACUAUAUCAGAGACCCCAAAAUUGAAUUUUUUGAUCUAGCCCUUAUGUGUAAAAUUGAUGUCCCACACCAAAGAGUUUUAACUAUGAUCUUGCAGAAUCCAGUACUUGGUAAGAAUUGAGAAUAAAGUAGAACCGUUCUUUGCUGA